AUGAUGAUGAACAAUGAGUACAACAACCUCAAGAAGAUAUCGAUCAUAGAGGCUUAUGAACAUUUGUUUGAUGAUGCAGUGUUCUGGGAGAAUAUCAAGGACUUUAUGAAUGAGAUGUAUGCUCGUUCAGUGUCAAUGUACUUCUCCGCUUCAAAGUUUGUUUCAUACUCAAUGUAUAAUGUUCCAUUGACCAAGAUGGAGAUUGGUUCAGGCUUAUCAGAGUUUAGCAUACUUCCAAGGACACUGACCAAAUUGGUCCUAAGACGAGGCAUUUACGAAUCGCUCAAUGGGCUUCCGGACAGUCUGACAUGUCUGGUCAUAGGCUGUGCUGGAUGGAAUAUGAUGAUCAAGCCUGGGACCCUGCCACCUCGAUUGAAGAAGCUGGUCGUUAGCAAUGCAUUCGAUCAACCGAUCGCCGCAAACACAUUUCCACCAACACUCGAAUGUGUACAGUUUGGUAAAUACUUUAAUCAGCCUCUCGACAACCUUCCAACCAGUGUCACCAAGUUAAGUCUUGGUGAUCGGUAUAGGUAUCCAAUCGGAAACAAACACUUGGUAUCAUUCCAUCACAAAGGAAAUGCCAAGUUCACAUCUGGAGUGAUCUUCAAUGCCCUCACACAUCUAAAAGUUCAAAAUAGUCGUUGUUAUUGGGAUACGAUCACGUCCUCUGCAUUCCCAAGCCUCAUCAAACUCAAUCUUUCCGUGCCUGAACAAUGGACUGAUCCAAUUGACUUCUCAUCAUUGCCGGCCUCAUUGGAAGCUCUGACCAUUGAUCCAAAUGGCCCAGUCUCUGCCAUUCCGCAAGGCCUCAAGAAGCUAUAUGUCGUUGGCUCAAUGUUCCCAAUCACCAACAGCAUCCAGUUGCCGCCAUCACUUCAUUCACUCGCAAUGCGAGACUGUCAAACUGAUUUGAUGGAUGCUGGACGCUUCCCUUCAACAUUGACAUCACUCACAAUCACAAUGGUUAUGCAAGUGCCACACCUUUACCAACUGCCUCCUUCGCUCAGAUCGUUGUGUCUCCAAAUGGAAAUGGACACACUUGACAACAGUACCAUUGAUCGUUUAGAGGAGAUACUGGCGGCAACAUCAUUGGUUGAGAUCAGUCUGUUCUUUGAACACCCCAGAGGCGCAUUCAAUCAUCAUCUGCACCGAAUCACCCAUACACUCUUCAUCACUCAACCUGGCAAUACCAUACUCGAGGCUCCCAAUGACUAUGGAUUCAUCUCCGCUGACACAAUCAUGUCCAUGAUCAAGGUUCAUCUAAUCGCCAACCCA